AUGGACGAACUAAACCAGAUUCUUUCCUCUACUCCCAAGAAUAUAUCCAAGUCAUCUAAGUCAUCUAAGUCAUCUAAGUCAUCUAAACCAUCCAGCACUAACUCAAUACCCAACAAAUCCAAACAUACUCUUAUGACGUCAUCCAAUCUUAAUAAUACUAACAAGUCCAAUUCAAAUCUACAAAACAGUAACUCAUUCAGUAUUCGAGGUACUUCUAAAUCCAAUAUCGAAACAACCUACACAACCGACGGACUACGAGUCUAUACCGAAGACGAACUUAAACUAGGCCGGAGUUUAGGAACCCCUGCAUGUCCAUUUGAUUGCCAGUGUUGCUUUUAG